AUCUGUGGCUGGAACUUAGGGGCCGAGUCAGUUCAUAAUUUUGGCAUCUCGAGGAUCAAAUGUGAACCAUGUCAUCUGGAAGUAGUAGUACGUUGAAUACAGAAUUGUCAAAGAAAACACGCUUCCUUGGUUUGUCCCUAUGGGUUUUGAUCUUAUGUGUUGGUGCACUUAUUGUUUUGAUUCUUGGUAUCUUAUCUGUAUGGGUGAUGUUUCAAAGAAAAACAAGGAGAUCCCCCAGGAAAUUCUCUAUUUCUCAAAUACCAAAUGUCUCGAAGGAUAUUAAGGUGAACAGAAUUGCUACUCAAUCCGCCCCACAAUCAUCUUAUAUUUCUAUUAAUGAUAAAUCAAGUGAGAAGAAUUCAGAGAAGAUGAUUGGUUAUUUGGGUAUGAGCCAGUCUAGUGAUCCUGAUAACAUAAGCCAAUGCAGCUCCAAUUAUCAUCAUGAAAGGCUUUUCAGCUCACAUUCAGGAGAAAAAGGAAGCUCUGGUACUGAUAGAAAACAGUCUUCAAUGUCAUAUGGAGGGUAUGGAGGCCUUGUGACUGCCUCUCCUCUCGUUGGCUUGCCUGAAAUUUCACAUCUUGGUUGGGGUCACUGGUUUACACUCAGGGAACUAGAAUUUGCCACAAAUCGUUUCGCCGCAGACAAUGUGCUUGGUAAAGGGGGUUAUGGGGUUGUCUAUAAAGGUAGACUGAUAAAUGGAACUGAGGUUGCUGUGAAGAAACUUCUCAAUAAUCUGGGACAAGUAGAGAAAUAAUUUAGAGUUGAAGUGGAGGCCAUUGAGAAAAAAGAUGGAGCGUUCGAAUUGGCAAAUUAUUAUCCUGUUGCUAAUGUGGUGGGCUCAGCCUAAACUUUAUAUAGGAAGAGGCAUGGCAUGAAGCCAUGUUCUCAUUGCUGAAGUAAGUACACUUUUAUGUAUUUUAUUCCUUUACUUCCAAUUUAUCACAAGGAGUUGAGGGAAGUUCCACUCCAGUGCUGCUAAUUUGUAGCAUUGCAAACUGUGACUACGAUUUUAGGUUUAGGAUUUUAUGCUACGUUGCUUUUUUGUUACGUGAAUGUUCUGCUUUGCUAUCUUUACCCCUUCCCAUUACUAGUUUUGUUCACAAAACUUUCUUAGGUUCAGGUAUUCACUGCUUUUAAUUCUGCUGCUAAUCAGUAAGCUAGCAUUCAGCUACUAUGUGGAGGUGAUUUUUCUUAUCAAUCGUUAAUUUGGUUUCAGUAUCUUACUGAUAUCAUAAAUACUAUUAAUCUAUUUUCUUUGAUAAUCUUUUGCUUUUGUAUUUAAAUGGGAAUACUUGUAAAAUACCUGUAAUUUUAUUCAUCUGGAAUGCUUUUGUCUUGAUCCUGGUCAAUGAGUGUCAAUGCAAAUAAUAACUUACUUAGAGGGAAUGAGUGUAGGUCAUGGUGGCCGCCAUUUAGGAUUUAACUUUUUAUUAGUUUUUUGGCCACCAAAUAUAGUAGAAUCAAAUAGUUUCUUGUGAGACUAACUGAGGUACGUUUGGUGGCCAUCCACUUAGGAUUCAACAUUCUAUUUGUUCUUUUGGCAACCAACAUAUAGACUUGUAAAUACAUUCUGCCAUUAACAUUGUUUCUAGCGUAUGGAUUAUCUUCAUAAUCUUCUCAGUAAAUUUUUACUCAUGUUGGGUAAAUCCUUUUAAUAGAUCUGGUUCCUUGACUGGAUAAGUCAUACACUGUCUUCUAAUGAAGUUUGUUUGAUAUUCUUGUAUGUAUAUAACCCUAUUUCCAUUGCAAGAAUUCUUGAAGCAGAUGAAGACCCAAAUGAUAACUCUGAUGGAAAGAAGGGGCAGCUGUUUGAGAAUAUACAUAGAACUUACACAAACCAAAACAUGGAUAGAAAAGGUCGUUAGGCUUUCUUUGCUUUUAACUGUCAAGGAAUCUGCAAUUAAUGUGCCUCAAAACUUGGAUGCCCGUCGCCAUAUCACAUUCUUUGCGAGUUCCUUAUUUAUGACCAUGCCUAAAGCUCCCAAAGUCAGUGACAUUCUAUCUUUUAGAUGAAUGGAACAACUUUUACGAGCGUGUUUUAGACCUAAAACUUGGAUAUAGUGAUAAAGACAAGAUGGAGUUAAUACGCCAUUGGGUAUCCUACAGAGGGCAGACAUUAUCAAGAACAGUACGAGGAGUGAUGUAUUACCGUGAUGCGCUACAGCUUCAAUUCUUUCUGGAAUGUGCUGGGGAGAACAGUAUGCUUCCUAAAUCUAUUUUGCUAUAGUAAUAUUCUCAAUCUGAUGUUAAAGCGAGUCAGAUGUUAAUAUUGUUGCUAUCCUUUACACUGUACAAAGUCCACACACAACUACAUUGUGUCUGUAAUGAGUGUUUCAUGAUUUAUAAUCAAGUGUUCGAGGUUUUUAUCGAAAGGUUUUAGUAUCUUCUUUUAUUUA